AUGGAUCACCUACAACAGAUCGAAGGAGACAACCGGAAGCAAUGCUGCCGCAGCGAAGAUAUCGUCAUAUCAGGAACUUCAAGUAGACUUCCUGAGUCCGAUACAGUCCAAGAGUUUAUGGAUAAUCUUCUGGAUAAUCUCUGUCUUCAACCGGAGGAUUUGAAAGGAUCCAACACAGCAGUACUCGUCGGUUCGAGCAGCUUCGAUAAUGGAUCUUUCUACACCAACACCCCUGAAAAAGUAAACGGUUAUGAACUGUUGGGUCAUGCAAAAGCAAUGCUUGCAAACAGAAUAUCAUACUCAUUCGAUUUACACGGACCAAGUUAUACAAUAGACACAGCCUGCUCUAGCUCCAUGAUGGCCUUUCACCAUGCUGUAGAAGAAAUUAAAACAGGGAAAUGUGAUGCUGCUGUUGUAGUAGGAUCAAACCUCUUACUGAAUCCGACUGCUUCAUUACAGUUCAUGAAAUUGAGCCUGUUAAAUGCAGAUGGCAAAUGCAAAGCUUUUGAUUCUUCAGGCCAAGCACAGAAGGAGCUGAUCCUUCAAGUUUAUAGGGAAGCAGGAAUAGACCCGGCCGAUGUUGCUUAUGUUGAAGCUCACGGAACUGGAACAAAGGCGGGUGAUGCACAAGAAGUGAAUUCCAUUGCUGAAGUAUUCUGCAAGGGAAGGAGGUCUCCUCUCCUCAUUGGCUCGGUCAAAUCAAACAUGGGUCACGCCGAACCUGCAUCUGGUGUUGCCUCUAUAGUUAAGAUUUUAAUGGCCAUGGAAGCAGGUGUGAUCCCUACUAAUCUGCAUUUCAAAACUCCGCGAACUGAUAUUCCUGGAUUAAGUGAUGGACGCCUUCAAGUUGUCGACAAAAACUGGAAAUGGAAUGGUGGGCUUAUAGGAAUCAAUUCUUUUGGUUAUGGUGGCUGUAAUGUUCACGUCAUUCUUAGGUCUAAUCCUAAACCCAAACCUCCCUCAGCCAAAAGCAGUAUCCCUAGGAUUGUUAUAGCUUCUGGCAGAACACGUACUGCUGUUACUAAUUUCUUAAAAAAGAUAGAAAAGAUGCCAAGAGACGAUGAAAUGAUUGCAUUAUUACAUGAUAUCCAUAAAAAAAGGAUUGUAGGUCACCCUUUCAGAGGGUUCACUGUGCUUUCUGAAACACCUAUUCGAGAAGUUUCUGAAGAGCUAGUUGAGAAGAGGGAGGUCUGGUACAUAAUGUCUGGAAUGGGAACCCAAUGGUCUGGAAUGGGGAAAGCUUUGAUGGGUUUUAAGGUAUUUGCCAGGUCCAUCCACCAGAGUGCAGCAGUCCUCGCCAAUGAGGGUGUUGAUCUUCUCAACGUCAUUAUGAACAGCACUGAUGAAUCUAUUGCUUUAAUUGAUUUAUUGAAUUCGAUCGGGCUGUCUCCUGACGGCAUGAUAGGUCACUCUGUUGGUGAAUUGGCUUGUGCAUAUGCUGAUGGCUGUUUUACAGCUGAACAGACCAUAUUAGCUGCUUACUGGAGAGGCAGGUGUGUCAUUGAAUGCAAACCACCGAAGGGAGCUAUGGCUGCAGUUUCUCUAACAUGGGAAGAAGCAAAAGUGCAAGCACCACACGGUGUCUAUGCAGCUUGUCACAAUGGUGAGGACUCAGUAACUAUUUCAGGACUUCCUGAUCUCAUCGACAAGUUCGUUGCAGAACAACAGGCACUAGGAAAAUUUGCAAAGAAAGUCAGUAGUUCUAAUGUCGCUUUCCACUCCAAAUACAUUGCAGAAGUUGGGCAGAAACUAAGAAUCAACUUGGAAAGGAUAAUUCCAAAUCCAAAACCAAGGUCAAAGAGGUGGGGUUCAACAUCAAUUCCAGAAUCUGGUUGGAACUCACAACUCGCUGCUACAUCCUCUGCAGCCUACCACGUCAACAAUCUUCUUUCUCCAGUAUUGUUUUAUGAAGCACUCCAGCAUAUUCCAGAGAAUGCAAUUGUUGUCGAAAUAGCACCUCACGCUCUCUUGCAAGCCGUCCUCAAGAGAUCGAUUGCUUUAAUUGAUUUAUUGAAUUCGAUCGGGCUGUCUCCUGACGGCAUGAUAGGUCACUCUGUUGGUGAAUUGGCUUGUGCAUAUGCUGAUGGCUGUUUUACAGCUGAACAGACCAUAUUAGCUGCUUACUGGAGAGGCAGGUGUGUCAUUGAAUGCAAACCACCGAAGGGAGCUAUGGCUGCAGUUUAUCUAACAUGGGAAGAAGCAAAAGUGCAAGCACCACACGGUGUCUAUGCAGCUUGUCACAAUGGUGAGGACUCAGUAACUAUUUCAGGACUUCCUGAUCUCAUCGACAAGUUCGUUGCAGAACAACAGGCACUAGGAAAAUUUGCAAAGAAAGUCAGUAGUUCUAAUGUCGCUUUCCACUCCAAAUACAUUGCAGAAGUUGGGCAGAAACUAAGAAUCAACUUGGAAAGGAUAAUUCCAAAUCCAAAACCAAGGUCAAAGAGGUGGGGUUCAACAUCAAUUCCAGAAUCUGGUUGGAACUCACAACUCGCUGCUACAUCCUCUGCAGCCUACCACGUCAACAAUCUUCUUUCUCCAGUAUUGUUUUAUGAAGCACUCCAGCAUAUUCCAGAGAAUGCAAUUGUUGUCGAAAUAGCACCUCACGCUCUCUUGCAAGCCGUCCUCAAGAGAUCGGUGCCUAAAUCAUGUCUGAAUGUUGGUAUAGUGAACAAAAAUAUUCCUGAUGAAUUGGGCUUUUUCUUGGCCAACAUUGGAAGGGAAAAGAGUCUAGUUUGGCAAACAUUUGCUAAACUGCAUGAAAAGGAAUUCGAACAGAUGCCAGUUGUCAUUGAAGAUGCACAAUUUCUCAGAGCAACAGUUAUGCCUAAAGAUGGUGCUAUAAAGUUCCUAGUCAAUAUACUAGAAGGAUCUGGUGAAUUUGAGAUUCGCGAAAGUGGAGCAGUUGUGGUCAGAGGAAAAAUUAAGGAGUCCCCCGGAUAUGAGAAAGAAUCCCUCUCUCUUGGGCCUCUUCCAAAAGUAGCCCAAGACAGUUUUGAACUACAUAAGAAAGAUAUUUACAAAUAUCUCUGUCUAAGAGGCUAUGAUUAUAAAGGGAUUUUCAGAGGUGUUAUUAAAGCUGAUGAUUUAGCAAACAAAAUAAUAUCUAUUGAACAGACGAAUUUCAAAUGGAUUGAACAACUUAAGAAAAUCAUACAAGAAUCUAAAGAUCCUGAAGAAAGGAUCCUUCUGGUGUCAGAUGAUAAUCCUUUUUGUGGUCUUGUUGGUUUGUUUAACUGCUUGAAGAGAGAAGAAGGAGGAGACAAACUUAGGUGUUUCUUCACUCCUGGAAGCAAAUUCUCAAUGGCUCAACAUAGCGAUCAAAUAAAAAAAGAUCUGCUAGUCAACGUCUUGAAAGAUGAAGCAUGGGGUUCAUUCAGACACUUGCCAGUUUACUCUAAUGAACACUCAGUGAACGUUGAACAUGCUUAUGUUAACGCACUUGUGCGUGGUGAUCUGUCCAGCCUUAGAUGGAUUGAAGGACCCCUAUCAUUCUACAAACCAGAAAAUUAUCCUGGAAAAGAACUUUGCACAGUAUAUUAUGCACCUUUGAACUUCCGAGAUAUUAUGUUAGCCACUGGAAAACUUCCUCCUGAUGCUCUUCCAGGAGAUAUGGCUAACCAGGAGUGUAUACUUGGACUCGAAUUCUCGGGAAGAAAUUCAAAAGGAAAUCGUGUGAUGGGAUGUGUUGCAGCUUGCGGUUUAGCUACUUCUGUUGUGGCUGAUCCAGACUUUAUGUGGACUGUCCCUGCAAAAUGGUCUUUAGAAGAGGCAUCUACAAUCCCUUCUGUCUAUGCUACUAGCUACUACGCACUUGUUGUCCGUGGUCGCAUGAAGAGAGGAGAAAGUGUCCUCAUCCACGCUGGAACAGGUGGUGUAGGCCAAGCCGCCAUCUCAAUCGCUCUUCACAUGGGCUGCACUGUAUUCACAACUGUUGGUUCACCUGAUAAAAGAGAAUUCAUCCUCAAAAAUUUCCUAGAAGUGAAACCAUCUCAUAUUGGUAAUUCAAGAGACACAAGUUUUGAACAGAUGAUACUGAUAGAAACUGAAGGCCGUGGUGUUGACUUAGUUUUGAACUCGCUGUCUGAAGACAAGCUGCAAGCAUCAGUGAGGUGCCUUGCAAGGCACGGUCGAUUUCUUGAAAUUGGAAAGCUUGACCUCUCAAACGAAUCACUACUGGGUAUGUCUCUUUUCUUGAGAAACACAUCAUUCCACGGAAUCCUUCUAGAUGCUCUUUUUGAUGCCUCUUCUGGCAAUCCCGAGAAGAUGGAAGUAGCACAAUUGGUCCGUGACGGAAUUAAGACUGGCGCUGUCAGGCCUCUUCCAACUACAACCUUCAAUCACACAGAAUUGGAGCAGUCUUUCAGAUAUAUGGCAACAGGCAGGCACAUUGGUAAAGUUGUCUUGAAAAUAAGGAAUGAAGAGGCUGAUAGAAUAGUAACACAUCCAAAACAGCUUUUGAUGGAGUCUUCACCAAAGACAUACAUGAAUCCGGUCAAAUGUUACAUAAUAGUUGGUGGUCUUGGAGAUUUGGGAUUAGAACUGACACAAUGGAUGAUUUCAAGAGGCGCUAAGAAAGUGGUUCUAGUUUCUAGAUCAGGAGUGACCAAUGGAUACCAGAACAUGUGCAUCCGUCGUUGGAGGCUUUCAGGUGUGACUGUUGUGAUCUCUACAACUAGUGUCACUGAAAUGAAGGGAGCUAAAAGUUUGAUAGAAGAGGCGAACAAACUUGGCCCUGUUGGUGGAAUAUUCAAUCUCGCAGCUGUAUUACGUGAUGGUUUGUUCGAAAAUCAGACAGAAGCAGAUUUUGCUGCAGUUUGUAAGCCAAAGAUUGAUUCAACAAUAAACCUCGAUAUUGCCAGUAGGUCUUACAAUCAGAUUGACUACUUUGUUACAUUUUCAUCUCUUUCUUGCGGAAGAGGAAAUGUUGGAUGGGGUGCAAUUGGUGAUGUUGGUAUGGUUAUUGAAGCUCUUAAAGGUGAUAAUGAAACAGUUGUAGGAGGAACCUUACCCCAAAGAAUAACUUCUGUCAUGUCCACUGUUGACUUCUUCCUUCAACAGCCGCAUCCUGUUCUGUCUUCAUUGGUCAUUGCUGAAAAGAAACAGGCACCAAAAGCUGGUUCUGUCAGUGUUGUUAACACAAUUGCGAAUAUUCUAGGGAUUAAAGAUAUGAGUAAUGUAAAUGCUUCAACCACUUUGGGAGAACUGGGUUUGGACUCUCUAAUGGUUUCGGAAAUUAAGCAGACGCUUGAUAGGAAUUACGACCUUUUUCUUACUGUUAGUGAAAUUAGAUUACUCACUUUUGGAAAACUUAAAGAACUUUCUAAUGUACAAACAAGUACUAAACCAGUGCAGGAAACUAAGGUAAAAACAAAGCUGACACCAACGCAGACAUUAGUUCCCAUGCCAUCUGCGACUCCACUCUACGGGCACAAGCCUAUCUUCAUCGUCCACUCAAUUGAAGGAGAGGUUAAUCUUCUUGAAGAGUUUACCUCCAACAUGCCUUUCAAUGUUUAUGGGUUACAGUACACAAAAGAUGUCCCUAAUGAUAGUAUUCAGUCACUCGCAGCAUUCUACUUGAAGCUCCAACAAGAGUUCAAAGCCUUGCCAGACUUCAAUUCUAGAUUGGAUCUGUGCGCUGAAAAACUUAAAGGUAAUGGUGAAUCAGAAGGAGAUUUGACGACUGCUAUUGCAGCAUUCUAUAAAAAAUUAGUUGCCGGUGAUAAUUAUAAACCAUCUGCUAUUAUUAAAGGGAAAGUGGUUCUCUGUGACAGCCCAUGCAGUAGCCAUAGCGAAGACAUCGUCAUAUCUGGAAUUUCCGGUAGAUUUCCAGAGUCUGAUACAGUUCAAGAGUUCAUGGAAAAUCUUCUGGCAGGAAAGGAUAUGGUGACUGAUACGGAGCGUCGUUGGAAAAGAGGUCUUCAGCCAGGGGAUUUGAAGGGAUCCAAUACAGCAGUAAUAGCUGGAUCCAGUAGCUUUGAUAGUGGAUGUUUCUAUUCGACUUUUCCUGAUAAAAUAAAUGGUUAUGAACUGUUGGGUCAUGCAAAAGCAAUGCUUGCAAACAGAAUAUCAUACUCAUUCGAUUUACACGGGCCCAGUUAUACAAUUGACUCAGCCUGCUCCAGCUCCUUGCUUGGCUUACACCAAGCGGUAGAGGCAAUCCGAGCAGGAAAAUGUGAUGCUGCUAUUGUCUUAGGUACAAAUGUCUUAUUAAAACCCGCUGUUUCAGUUCAGUUUUUGAGAUUGGGCUUGUUGAGUGCUGAUGGCAAAUGCAAAGCUUUCGAUGAUUCAGGGGAGGGCUAUGUUAGGAGUGAAGCAGUAGUAUCUCUUCUUCUACAAAAAGCUAGAGAUGCAAAACGAGUUUAUGCCACAGUAGUAAACACUGGAACAAAUACUGAUGGAAGCAAAACUGAGGGUGUCACAUUUCCUUCGGGCCAAGCACAGAAGGAGCUGAUCCUUCAAGUUUACAGGGAAGCCAGAAUAGACCCGAUCGAUGUUGCCUAUGUUGAAGCUCAUGGAACAGGCACAAAGGUUGGUGAUGCACAAGAAGUGAAUUCUAUUGCUGACAUAUUCUGCAAAGAUAGGCAGUCCCCUCUCCUCAUUGGCUCGGUCAAAUCAAACAUGGGUCAUGCCGAACCUGCAUCAGGUCUUGCCUCUGUAGCCAAGGUUUUAAUGGCUAUGGAAUCUGGUGUGAUUCCUGCUAAUCUACAUUUCAAAAGUCCACGAACUGAUAUUCCUGGGUUAACUAAUGGGUGUCUUCAAAUUGAAAAAAUGCCAAGAGAUGAUGAAAUGAUUGCACUAUUCCACGACAUCCAUAGUAAGAGGAUUGUUGGUCAUCCUUUCAGAGGAUUCACUGUGCUUUCUGAAACACCUAUUCGAGAAGUUUCUGAGGAACCAGUUGAGAAAAGGGAAGUCUGGUACAUAAUGUCAGGAAUGGGAACGCAAUGGCCUGGAAUGGGGAAAGCUCUAAUGGAUUUUGAUGUAUUUGCCAGGUCUAUCCAUCAGAGUGCAGCAGUCCUCGCCAUUGAGGGAGUAGAUCUUCUCGACCUUAUCAUGAACAGUAUUGAUGAAUCCAUAUUCGAAAAUGUCUUACAUUCCUUCAUUACUAUAACUGCUACUCAAAUUGCUUUAAUUGAUUUAUUAAACUCACUUGGUCUGUCUCCUGAUGGUAUAAUAGGUCAUUCUGUUGGUGAAGUGGCAUGUGCAUAUGCUGAUGGAUGUUUCACAGCUAAAGAGACCAUAUUAGCUGCUUACUGGAGAGGCAGGUGUAUUGUUGAUAGUAAAACACCAAAAGGAGCUAUGGCUGCGAUUUCUCUAACAUGGGAAGAAGCCAAAGCACAAGCACCGCCCGGUGUCUAUGCAGCUUGCCACAAUGGUGAGGACUCAGUAACUGUUUCAGGACCUCCUGAUCUCAUUGACAAGUUUGUUGUAGAACUGCAGUCUCAAGGAAAAUUUGCAAAAAAAGUCAGUAGCUCCAAUGUUGCGUUCCACUCUAAAUACAUUGAAGAAGUUGGGCAGAAACUGAGAAUCAACCUGGAAAGGCUCAUUCAAAACCCAAAACCAAGGUCAAAGAGAUGGUGUUCAACUUCAAUUCCAAAAUCUGACUGGAACUCACAACUCGCUGCUACAUCCUCUGCAGACUACCACGUCAACAAUCUUCUUUCUCCAGUCUUGUUUUAUGAAGCACUCCAACAUAUUCCAGAGAAUGCAAUUGUUAUUGAAAUUGCUCCUCACGCUCUCUUGCAAGCCGUCGUCAAGAGAUCAGUACCUAAAUCUUGUCUGAGUAUUGGUUUAAUAAAGAAAAAUACUUCCGAUGAAUUAGGCUUUUUCUUGACCAAUAUUGGAAAGCUGUACAAUGCUGGUCUUCAGCUCAAGGUGCAGGCAUUAUAUCCACCUAUUACAUACCCAGUAUCAAGAGGAACACCAAAUAUUUCAUCAUUAGUGGAAUGGGAUCACUCUGCUGAAUGGGAUAUUGCUGACUACAGAAUGAUAAGCCUAGUGUGGCAAACAUUUGCUAAACUGCAUGAUAAGGAAUUCGAGCAGAUGCCAGUGAUCAUUAAGGAUGCACAAUUUCUCAGAGCAACAAUUAUGCCUAAAGAUGAAGGGUCUGGUGAAUUUGAGAUUCGUGAAAGUGGAGCUAUUGUGGUCAGAGGAAAAAUAAAGGAGUCUACUGGGUAUGAGAAAGAAUCCCUCUCUCUCGGACCUCUUCCAGGAGCAGUUAAAGAUAGCUUCAAACUACAGAAGAAGGACAUUUAUAAAGAUCUUCACCUUAGAGGUUAUGAUUAUAAAGGGAUUUUCAGAGGUGUUAUUAAAGCUGAUGAUUUAGAAAACAGAGGAGAACUAGAAUGGAGAGGAAAUUGGAUCAGCUUUAUGGAUACUAUGUUACAGUUUGCAAUAAUCAAAAUAAAUUCAAGAGAACUUUUGAUUCCCACAAGAUACAAAAAAAUCAUUAUUGAUCCCAUUGCUCAUCUGGCAAAAAUACAGGAUGCCAAAAGUGUAUCUGUUAUAUAUGAUUCAUAUCUUGGAGUAGUGCAGUCAGGUGGAGUCGAGAUCAAAGGAAUUAAAUUAAGUCUUGCUCCUAGAAGACAACAGACACAGGCGGCCCCAACAACUGAAAAAUAUAUAUUUGUCCCAUUAAAUAACAAUAAAGUUAUGUCAAAGGCGGAAGUAAUAACAUCUCAAAUCCAAUUGGCUGUUGAAAAUUGUCCAUUAAGUAAGAAAAUAAAUAUUGUGGAAUAUGUUGGAAAAGAAUAUGUAUCCAUUAUUUCUUCUAUUCAAUCAGUGUUGGCAGCAGAACCAGCAAUACAGGAUCUGGCUGAAGACCUUUUGGAUGAUACCUACAGUAUUUUGAUAGGUCAUAAACUCCUCUCCAAUGGACAGCUUUUCAACAAUGCCUCUGAAAGUGUUAUGGAAUCUGGUUUCAUUUUAUCAGUUGAAUCUCAUGAGUAUAUUACAGCUGAGUUGAAGGAAAUUGACAAAUUUGUCUUGGUUUCUGAAUCCAAAACAGAGGAAAGUACUUAUGUUUUGCUGAGAAGGAAGAGGGAUUUCUUACCAAGCCAAAUCAUCCCUAUUCAGCAGACUAAUUUCAUAUGGAUUGACCCACUUAAGAAAAUUAUGCAAGAAUCUAAGGAUCCCAAAGAAAGAAUCCUUCUGCACAGAGAUCAAAUAAAAAAAGAUCUGCUUGUCAACAUCUUGAAAAAUGGAGCAUGGGGUUCAUUCAGACAUUUGCCAGUUUACUCUAAUGAUCGCUCACUGAACGUUGAACAUGCUUAUGUUAACACACUCGUGCGUGGUGAUCUCUCCAGCCUUCGUUGGAUUGAAGGACCCCUAUCAUUCUAUAAAGUAGAGAAUUAUCCUGGAAAAGAACUUUGCACAGUAUAUUAUGCACCUUUGAACUUCCGAGAUAUUAUGUUGGCCACUGGAAAACUUCCUCCUGAUGCACUUCCAGGAGAUAUGGCUAACCAGGAGUGUAUACUUGGACUCGAAUUUUCGGGAAGAGAUUCAAAAGGAAAUCGUGUGAUGGGAUGUGUUGCAGCUUGUGGUUUAGCUACUUCUGUUGUGGCUGAUCCAGACUUUAUGUGGACUGUCCCUGCAAAAUGGUCUUUAGAAGAGGCCUCUACAAUCCCUGUUGUCUAUGCUACUAGCUACUAUGCACUUAUUGUCCGUGGCCGCAUGAAGAGAGGAGAAAGUGUCCUCAUCCACGCUGGAACAGGUGGUGUAGGCCAAGCUGCCAUCUCGAUCGCUCUUCACAUGGGCUGCACUGUAUUCACAACUGUUGGUACAUCUGAGAAACGAGAAUUCAUCCUCAAAAAUUUUCCAGAAGUUAAGCCAUCCCAUAUUGGUAGUUCAAGGGACACAAGCUUUGAACUGAUAAUACUGAGAGAAACUGAAGGCCGUGGUGUUGACCUAGUUUUGAACUCAUUAUCUGAAGACAAGCUGCAAGCCUCAGUGAGUUGCCUCGCAAAACAUGGUCGAUUUCUUGAAAUUGGAAAGCUGGACCUCUCAAAUAAUUCACCGCUGGGUAUGUCUCUUUUCUUGAAAAACACAGCAUUCCAUGGAAUUCUACUAGAUGCUCUUUUCGAUGCCUCUUCUAGCAAUCCUGAUAAGAUGGAAGUAGCACGAUUGGUCCGAGAUGGAAUUAAGACUGGUGGUCUUGGAGGUUUGGGAUUAGAAUUGACACAAUGGAUGAUUUCAAGAGGCGCCAAGAAAGUGGUUCUAGUUUCUAGAUCUGGAGUAACCAAUGGAUACCAGAACAUUUGCAUCCAUCGCUGGGAGCUUUCAGGUGCGACUGUUGUCAUCUCUACAACUAACGUCACUGACAUGAAGGGAGCUAAAAGUUUGAUAGAAGAGGCAAACAGAAUUGGCCCUGUUGGUGGAAUAUUCAAUCUCGCAGCUGUAUUACGUGAUGGCUUGUUCGAAAAACAGACAGAAGCAGAUUUUGCUGCAGUUUGUAAGCCAAAGAUUGAUUCAACAAUAAACCUCGACAUUGCCAGUAGGUCAUGCAAUCAGCUUGACUACUUUGUUGCAUUUUCAUCUGUUUCUUGUGGAAGAGGAAAUAUUGGACAAAGCAACUACGGUCUGGCCAACUCUGCCAUGGAAAGGAUUUGUGAAGAGAGGCAAAGGAAUGGUCUUCCUGCGCUGGCCAUUCAGUGGGGUGCAAUCGGUGAUGUUGGUCUGGUUGUUGAAGCUCUUGGAGGUGACAAUGAGACUGUUGUAGGAGGAACCUUACCUCAAAGGAUAACUUCUGUCCUGUCUACUUUGGACUUCUUCCUUCAACAGCCAAAUCCUGUCCUAUCCUCAUUGGUCCUCGCUGAAAAGAAAAAGGCAACAGAAGCGGUUUCUGUCAGUCUUGUUGAAACAAUCGCCAACAUUCUAGGGAUUAAAGAUACAAGUAAUAUAAAUGCUUCAAAAACUUUGGGAGAACUGGGUUUGGACUCUCUAAUGGUUUCUGAAAUUAAGCAGACGCUUGAUAGGAAUUAUGACCUUGUUCUUACUAUUAGUGAAAUUAGAUUACUCACUUUUGGAAAACUUAAAGAACUUUCUAGUAUACAAACAACUACUAAACCAGUGCAGGAAAAUAGUAAAGGUAAAACAUUGGUAAAAACAAAGCUGACACCAACGCAGACAUUGGUUCAAAUGCCAUCUGCCACUCCACUCAAUGAGUCAAAUCAUUUCUUCAUUGUCCACUCAAUUGAAGGAGUGAUUAAUCUUCUUGAAGAAUUUACUUCCUACAUGCCAUUCAAUGUUUAUGGGUUCCAGUGCACAACAGAUGUCCCUGAUGAUAGUAUUCAGUCACUUGCAGCUUUCUACUUGAAAACUAUGAAGAGUAUUGAGGUUCAAGAUCCAAUUUUGCUUGGUGGAUAUUCCUUUGGUGCAUUGGUUGCUUUUGAAAUGGGCUUGCAACUCGAAUCUCAGGGCAAAAAUGUGAACCUCUUUCUAAUUGAUGGUGCCCCUGAUUUCGUAAGAUUGCGUACUUCAACAAACAGGUCUGAGAAGACUGAUGCUAAUGAGUGUGAUGUCUUUGCUUAUUAUAUCACCUUGUUCAAAACUGUUGAUCGCCAAGAAUAUAUAAAACUCCAACAAGGGUUCAAAGCCUUGCCAGACUUCAAUUCUAGAUUGGAGCUGUGUGCUGAAAAACUUAAAGGUAACAGUGAAUCAGGAGAAGAUUUGAAGACUGCUAUUGUAGCAUUCUAUAGAAAAUUAGUUGCCGGUGAUAUCUACAAACCAUCUGCUAUUUUUAAAGGAAAGGUGGUUCUCUUUAAGGCUGAAGAAUGCUUUUUUGAUAUUGAUAGUGACUAUGGACUCAAAAAGAUCUGCAAACAGACCCCUGGGAUUCAUUCCUUUUCAUCUACUCACCGGGACAUUGUAAAAGGCCAAGUUGCAAAGGAAGUAGCUGAUAUGAUCACCAAUACUGUGAAAUCAUGACACUCAACUUGUUAAAGUACAUGGUCGUUUAGAUAUCUCAAUCCAACCUGAGAUUUGUGAUAGGGAGGUAGGGAUCAGGACGUGUAAACGGCUCUUCCCAUCCUGACAUGUUGGUUAGGGAAGUAGGGAGUUAGGAGCUAGAAGUUGCAUAAUUAAUAUGUAUGAAUGCCAUUGUAUAAGUUGUACAUAUCAUUGGAAAUAUUGGGAGAGAGGGGAGUGAAGGUUAGCUUAUACUAAUUAUUUUUAUCGUGAUAUCAGUAUUUAAUGGAUGGGAAAGAAGAGUAGUAUUAAAGGAAUAGUUUAAUCAUUAGUUUAUUUAACUUUUUGUGAGUCAUUUCUAAGUAAAUUACUGUGAAAGUUUGGAAGAGCUGAUCUUCAUAAAAAUUGGGGGAAGGGAGUAAGUGUCUUGCCUCUCAUCCUUUCUCCCCCUCUCCACAGUACUGGCACCUAUGAUACAUAUUUAGAUUACAGAAUUCUAUAGCUCGCAAUAUAUUGUUGUCAUAAAUAUCACCAAGAUCACAACUUAAAUUUGAUCAAAUUAUAUUUUGAGGUAUAAUUAUUAAGCAUAUUUAUUAAUUAAAUUCACUAUUGUAGUCACUAUUUUGUAUUACUAUUGUAUAAUUUGUGAAUUAUUGCUAUUCGACUAAGAUCUGCUUUAUUGUGAUCAAAUAAAAUAUAAUCAUUAGGACCUUGGAUUUUCCAUAAAUGUAUUUGUUUUGUUUUUUAAUUUCUUACAUAUUUAGAUUAAUUUAAUGUAAUUGGCAAUAUUACUGUUUUAUAUUACUUAUUUAAG